GCGAAGACCACCUGUUUUCUCCGUAGCCGCUUCGCCUCGUGCUCGCGCGUGCCUCCCUCCGCCGUGCCCGACCAAAGCUCCUCGUCCUCCUCCCUCCUCGCCCAAGCCGUCUCCAUCCUAGCCGCAGCGGUGCUCUCCAUGGCGUCGUAAUCGUCAGCGACGCUCGCCACGUGCCUGCGAAGCAGGGUGUAAAGUUUCAUGUAUGAUGGCAAGCAUGGAUGAGCCUCUUCUUGGCAACGGUGUUAAGAACACCGGAGGGGUGGGAGAGGGCCUGGUAGUGACUGAGGUCAGAAAGCAGCUGUACCUUGCCGGGCCACUGAUCGCAGCAUGGCUCCUGCAGAACCUCGUCCAGAUGAUAUCUGUCAUGUUCGUCGGUCACCUCGGCGAGCUCGCCCUCUCCAGCGCCUCCAUCGGCACCUCCUUCGCAAGCGUUACUGGCUUCAGCUUGUUGGCUGGCAUGGCGAGCAGCUUGGACACACUGUGUGGGCAAGCCUUCGGAGCAAAGCAGUACUACCUUCUCGGCAUAUAUAAGCAGAGGGCCAUCCUUGUGCUCACUCUGGUGAGCGUUGUGGUCGCGAUGGUCUGGUCAUACACCGGCCAGAUCCUUCUGCUCUUCGGUCAGGACCCAGAGAUUGCAGCCGGGGCAGGGAGUUACAUCCGGUGGAUGAUUCCGGCGCUGUUCGUGUAUGGGCCGCUGCAGUGCCAUGUCCGGUUCCUGCAGACGCAGAACAUAGUCCUCCCGGUGAUGCUGAGCUCAGGCGUCACGGCGCUGAAUCAUCUGCUGGUGUGCUGGUUGCUGGUGUACAAGAUUGGCCUGGGCAACAAGGGUGCUGCCUUGGCCAAUUCCAUCUCGUACCUGACCAACGUCUCCAUCUUGGCUCUCUACGUCAGGCUCUCCCCGGCCUGUAAGGAAACUUGGAGAGGGUUCUCAAAGGAGGCGUUUCACGGCAUCCCCAGCUUCUUGAGGCUUGGUGUUCCAUCUGCGCUGAUGGUUUGCUUGGAGUGGUGGUCAUUUGAGCUCCUGGUACUUCUUUCUGGACUUCUACCAAAUCCUAAGCUCGAGACAUCGGUAUUGUCCAUUUGCCUAAACACAGGUUCUUUAGCGUUCAUGAUCCCUUUUGGGCUUAGUGCAGCCAUAAGCACCCGUGUUUCAAAUGAGCUUGGCGCUGGGCGACCGCAAGCUGCCCAUCUGGCUACCCGUGUGGUCAUGGUGCUGGCUCUCGUGGUCGGCAUAGUAAUCGGACUUGUUAUGAUUCUGGUGCGCAAUUUAUGGGGGUAUGCAUAUAGCAAUGAGGAGGAAGUGGUGGAAUACAUCGCCAGAAUGAUGCCAAUUCUUGCUGUGUCAUUCGUGUUUGAUGACCUGCAGUGUGUUCUUUCAGGUGUUGCUAGGGGCUGUGGGUGGCAAAAGAUUGGUGCUUGUGUUAAUCUUGGUGCGUACUACUUGGUUGGAAUUCCAGCCGCCUUCUGUUUGGCCUUUGUUUACCAUCUAGGUGGAAUGGGACUUUGGUUCGGAAUAAUCUGUGCACUCAUCGUGCAGAUGCUAUUGCUUCUCUCGAUUACCUUGUGCAGCAACUGGGAGAAAGAAGCUUUGAAGGCAAAGGACAGGGUUUUCAGUUCAUCCCUACCAGUAGACAUGACGACAUGAUACUUGCAAGAUACCCAAUUUGUUGGAGGCAGUGACCAAGAAACUUUGACAAGGAACUCAUGAAGAAUUGGGCAUCAGCAUGACACUUUCUUCUAGGGAAAAUCAGCGAGCAAAUCCGCUUUGGUGGUUUUUUUUUUGGGGGGGGGGGGGGGGGGUAGAGGGAAUAAAAUGUUCAGUCGAGACUUGAGACAAGGUAACGAAAUUUCUUUGACUACAAUCGGCAGCAUUAUCUUAGGAAAUUGUAUUCCCUCUAUUAGUUGUUGAUGUGAGACGAUUGAGACAAGAGAAUGAAAUGCUCAUUUAACUAAAUUAUCAGUAUUAUCUCAUUAUUUCUUUGGACAGUUAUAUUUUCUUAGUUGUUUAUGUAAAAUGGUUGAAUCGCAGAGACUGUGCACUAUGCGCCUGUUGUCUUUUGAACAGUAUAAGUUGUUCAUGUAAAAUAUUUCAACACUUUAAAUCAA